AUGAUAGCCAUCGCAAGCGUUCUGUACCAUGCGUUGUUGGCGAGUUCUGCGACUCUGCCGUCGCUCACGGAGCUCAGUUCUGUCAACGGCACGAUAACAGCGACACUGGAGAUAAGUGUCGGUCGCGUAGUGACCGACGCCGUAUCGUACGAUUCCAAGCUCUUCAAUGGCAUGUUCCCUGGACCUGCAUUGCGUCUGAGCCCAGGUGACUCGUUGGAGUUGCUCAUCGUGAACCAGUUAACUGGUAUGGACAACCCAGAUCCUGGCAUGAAUGAGUUCAGGCAGCCUUUGACGCUCAGCUUUCACACUCACGGCUUGCAUGUGUCGCCGAGCGGUCUGUCAGACAACAUAUAUUUGGAGAUCCAUCCCGGUGCGUCUCAGCAGCACAUCAUAGACAUUCCAGUCGACCACGCGCCUGGAUUGCAUUGGUACCAUGCGCACCACCAUGGCUCCACGAUGCUGCACGUGCUCAAUGGGCUAUUGGGGGCCAUCGUGAUCGAGGACGAUAGCACCGUGCCGACGUGGUUGCAGGACAUGCAGGAGCAGAUAGUCGUGAUGCACUACAUGAACAUUGGAGACUUAGAAGACGUUCACUCGGAAAUAUCCUCCCCGGUAGCAUUGAACAUGGUUCGGCCUGUAGCCGCCAACGAAUUCUAUCUCUGCAACGGGGCCUACUUGCCCACGAUCGACCUCACGGCAAACGAGUGGCUCAGGUUGCGGCUCGUGCACGCGAGCCAUGAUGCGAAUUUGUUGUUGGAGUUAGUCAAUGCAGGAUCCAGUGGUAGUGCGUGUGAGAUGUGGUUGCUCGCCACGGACGGCGUCGCCCUCGAAAAGCCCAGGUCGAUAUCCUUCUUGGCGUUCGCCGCAGGGAGCCGGCGGGACAUCGCACUUCGCUGUGACGGUUCUGGCUCUUUUGAGCUGACUGGUGUGGAAGGCGCCGCCGGCGGAGGCGGAGGCGGUGGCGGUGGAGGUGGAGGUGGAGGGGUGUGGUUCGCAGGCCUCAUCGCGGAGAUCCGUGUCACGGACGGUGGCGCCGCGGCAGACACAGCUCCGAUGGGCGACAGGGAUCUCUGGGCGGCAGCGAAGCCGAACUACCUGUCGGAUCUGCGCGGCGCCACGCCAGAUCAGACAUUUGCGGUGGAGUUUGGCGAUCCUGAGAUCUCCUUCUCCGUUGAAUUCAUCGCGGCGUCUGUUGUUGCUGGUCUUUGCUCAUGCGCGUGCUGCGGGCUAGUGGCGUGCGCGUGCAAAGCCCGGUGUCGCCCAGCGUCCCCGGCACGCGAGGUGCCGCCGGCGGUGGCGCCUGGUUCUGCAGACGAGGCUCCAGCAGGACGCCCGUUUUGCAAAAGUUUCCGUGUGGUGGGCGUUGUCAUUGUCGGGGUCUUCUUUCUCGUAUCGGCCGCGAUAUGGACGGUUUUUGCCAUGCAUGAAUUGCCAGGUCUGGAGGGCGAGGCCGUGAACGGCGAGGUGUACACUGGGGAAGUGAUGGUGGAGAUGAAGGUGAACCAGGUACAGGAGUGGACUCUUCGGGGCGCUGCUCACCCGUUUCACAUCCACACGAACCAUUUCCAAUUAAUCUCGCACGGCAGCGACGAUUUGUGGACGGUGGGCGACUGGUUCGACACCGUUCCUGCCGACGGCGUGAUCCGCUUCUACACGGACACCUUCACUGGCACGCUCGUGUUGCAUUGCCACAGGCUGGAGCACGAGGACCAGGGCAUGAUGGCGAAGGUCGUGAUCGUGCCAUGA